UAUAGAGGGAGGAUGUAUUAUUGAGAGGGGUGGGAAUAAUGAAUAAUACUAUAUCUGACACUACAGCUUAUAAAGAAAAGGAAAAAGAGAAAACAUUAGGCGAAGAAGGUGGUGUGCUUGUGCUAUAGUUGUGGCAGCGAUGAGGAAGCUGAGAUGCAGCAGAGCCGUUAUGUGCAUGUUUCCUGUCGCCGCAACCGCUUCUUGUCUCUCUUGUAUUGGGAAUUCGAAGAAGAACAAUUUUGGUGGUGAUGAUGAAUUCCAAGAUAUUAAGCCUCUCCUCCCUCUCAAGCUCAAGGAUCUCAUUGCUCCAACCCCAACUCCAACUCUUGCCUUCCACCUAAAGCCUAAGAUGGUGGUGAUGAAAGUUUCAAUUCACUGUAAUGGGUGUGCAAGGAAAGUGGAGAAGCACUUAUCUAAGUUGGAAGGAGUGAGUUCAUACAAAAUAGACUUGGAAACGAAGAUGGUGGUUGUAAGAGGUGAUAUUGUGCCUUCCGAAGUCUUGGAGAGUGUCUCUAAAGUCAAAUAUGCUGAGCUUUGGGAGUCAUGAAUUUUGUCACACUCGCACAUGCAUUUCAAUAUUCUUAGAUUAAUUAAGCCAUCUUUAUUUUUAUUAUCCUCGAAAAAUGUGUUGGUGUGGUGUAGAUUAUGUAGAUAGUUUCUCCUCAAUUUAGCUUUCUUAUUAAUCAUAA